AUGUUUUACUUGACCUUACAACUUGUUGUGAUGCCUCAGCAUCCCAUUGCGCACCAUGACUCGGAGUCUGAGUUAGAGUAUGAUGAUGCAUCUGAAUCAGAUGUACUGUCAUCUUAUGUGGCAGGGACCACAUCAAUUACCACUCAGUCAUUGGCUUCUUUGCAGGGUGGAGACAUGGAGAUCAUUUGGUGCCUGCAACUCGAAAACCAGUCUCUCAAGAAUAAUAAUUGGAUGCUGGGCGAGAAAAACAAAGUCUUGGCGUCCAAUCAACAUAGAUGUUCGAGUGCGCAAGUUCCUGACGAGCUGAAGGCCUUUGACAUCGAGCUCUCAACCUUUGCUUGCAAAUAUGGUAUUAUUGCUGAGAUGUUCCCACCUGAGCAUCACAUUCUCAGAUUGCCAGUGCCAAACCCUCCGCCCGUCAUCAUAUCCCCUAGUCAUUACUCAACCAAGGGUGCCAAAGAACUUUGCCUUGUGACAGAGUUGUAUUCGCUUCUACCAGAUCACCUCCAUCAUUUCAUACCAACUUCUCAUUUUCAAUCAUUGCUAGAGCAGCAUCUCGAAGGUGAACACUCCAGUGAGAUCGGCAAACUACGCUUGAUGGCAGGGCACAUCUUUGGUCUGGAUUCGUCCUACUUUGACCUGAGUUUCAUGAAGCAGGAUACCAUCCCUGAGAUCCAGAAGAUGCUUGGAUCAGGCACUGCUGGUGGCCGCUCUUUGCCAUCAAAGUUUCCGCCCAUCCUUUUCACAAAUCAAGAGAUGGACCCCACAAUGUCCACAGUUUUUGGUAACUGGGAACAACUCAUGAAGGCGAUUAGGAUCAUGAUGUUCAGAAAGAAUUCACUAGUAGAUGUUUCUGGCUGGCCACGCACUAAGUGCAAUGCUCGAAAAUGGGGCACAAUGUCCUGUACUCCUGGCCUUCUUGCAUGGGGUUGGGUCGCAUUAAUCUUCAUCCUUUCUUCCGACACUUUAUUCAGGAAAGCUGGAGUUGGUGCGAAGUCUCAGCUACCAUAUGCUGCCAUGUUUAUGGCCUACAAGCAGCUGUGGGUUUUUACCUCUGAUCUGAUGUGUUUGGCCAUCACAAAUGCGGGGCAUAAGGAAUCCGACGACUUUCCUGGACCAAUGACUACCAAUGACAACCCUGUCAAUGACAUUCCUGGACCGGCCAUGCCUACUACACCUAUGAUCGCUCCUUCAGCACCGGUCAUUGUCCCUUUAGCACCAGCCAUUGUGGUGCUUGUCCCUGCAAAUGCUACCACCACUCUCAAUCCUGCAACCCUCUUGCCGGCUAUUCCAGCCCCUGGACCACCUGUGGCAUCUGAAUUUGCAGGUGCGGCUGCUGCCACUGCAGCCUAUGAAGACUCUGUACCUUCAGUGAUGGCUGUUGAUUCAGAGGUUCCUGGAGUACCUGGUGAUGUACCAGUGGUAGUGACAGCCCCAUCUUCUGGUUGUCGGGGCCGAGGAAGGAAGGCAGGGAUGCUGGCACCUGUAUCUAGUGGACCAGCGAGUGAGCAGGCUGCAGGCCGACUAAAGCGAACUCAGAAGAAGUAG